ACCUUAGCCAGGGGACUCAUCCCUCCACGGCAGCAGCAGCGCAUGCGCGUGACAGCUUGCGAGGACCUUUGUGUCCAGGAUCUGGGGCUACGCAGCCGCGAGCUGCUGCAGCAGCAGGGCAGUGGCGGCCGUCAGUGGCGGUGGAGGGCUGCCUCCGGCGCCGUCAGCACCUGUGAUCUCAGCAGCCCGGCAGCCUGCACAGCCGAGCCCCGACAGCCCCCUGAUCAUGGAAAGGCGCUCGGCGCCGAGCCGGCAGUUGCUGCGGCACAGAGGCUGGCUGUUUCAGGCCGCAGACACGAGACAGUUUUUGACAGCAGUGGACUCGAGAACAUCUGCAACAGCGCAAAUAUGACGUUUGGUUGA